CCUUCCCUUCGGCUCUUCCAGCUUCCAUAAACCUUUUCUUCUCCUGACAAUGGCGAUGGAAGCUACAAUGUCAGAUUAUGAACGCAGGAGGUUAGAAAAUAUAAAACGUAAUGGUGAAAUGAUGGCUUCUCUCUCCAUCCAUUCUCAUCUUUCCGACCUCUCUUCUCUCUCCAAGCGUCUCAGAAGAGAAAAUGUUAGGAAAUACCAGAAAAGACCGAAGGUAGCAGAAGGUUCAGUGGUAAUUAGGCGUUCCUUCCGGACACAAGGUAUUCCUCCUCAUUUUGAUGGAUUACCCCAUCACUACAAUGAAUCUCUUGUACCCUCAAUCAAUACUCCAAAUGUUGGGCCUGUUUCAAUGAGUGAUGUCUACAAAGGGGAAUGUUCUUAUCAGAAGCUUGUCCAUAAAUUUACCUGUCAUACAGAAAAUGACACUCCAUUGGGUACUUCUCAGAUUCAGAGGAUAAAAGCUGAGAAAAAUAUUGAUUGCAAGUCAUUUAAAUUGGAACCACAGAAUGUAGCGCGAGUUUUAUCUGAAAACAUACUUGCUGUUCGGUUCCUUCCAAGUUCGGAUUUGGACAUUGUUGUGGUGGGAAAUAGGAAAGGUGAAUUGGGGUUUUGGGAUGUUAGUCAAAGAAGUGAGGUUGGUGACGGAAUUUAUGUUUACCAACCACAUCAUGCAGCCAUCUCUGGGAUUUCUGUGCACCCAUUUUCCUUAUCUAAGGUGUAUACAAGUAGUUAUGAAGGACUUAUAAGGUCAAUGAACAUUGAAAGAGAGGAGUUUGAUCUUGUAUACUCAAGCAGUUCUGGUUCUGCUUUAUAUUCUAUUUCGCAGCAGCCGAAUGAUGCAAACUCAAUAUAUGUUAGCGAGGGUUUAGGAGUUUUAAAUAUUUAUGAUGAAAGAGGAAGGAAAAUUGUGAACUCUUGGUCUUUGCAUGAAGAACGUAUAAAUUGUAUUGAUAUAAAUUCAGCAAACUCAUUCAUCAUAGCUACAAGUUCUUCAGAUGGUCUUGCCUGUCUGUGGGAUCUGAGAAAGAUGGAUGUGAAACAUGGCCAUUGCAAAGCAUUGCAGACAGUUGAUCUUGGGCGAACUGUGCUCUCUGCUUAUUUUUCCCCAUCUGGUAGCUGCUUGGCAAUGUCGAGUGUCGGUUGCAGUAUCAAUGUGCUUUCGGGUGCUAAUUUUGAGGAUUUAUACAAAUUUCGUGAUAGUUCACAUAAGGAACAUAUACAUAAGAAUAGAUGGAGCACAAGUCCAAGAGCUGUUUGGGGUUGGGACGAUGAGCAUCUAUUUGCGAGUGAAAUGAAAAGACGCAUCAAGAUCCUGUCAGUGAAUCGCAGAAUAGCCAUACACACAUUGGAAAGCUUUCAUAUGUCAAACAUAUCACAUCAAUACGAUGCUCACCCUUGCAAGGUGGGGAUGUUGGCUGCUGCAACUAAUGGAGGUUACGUUUACAUUUGGACUUCAUCUUUGUGAAUUUCCCAAGCCUCUAACUGUGACUUCAUUCGGCUUUAACUAAUUUUGUCACUCCAUUUUGCGUUUAGCUUUAGCUCAGGUUUGUGACAGUAGCACUGAUUGAGCUUCUAAAUCAGAAUAUUUAUGCUGUUAAUGGAAUGAAAACUUGUUUUGGAUGGGAUAUUGACUGAGCUGUGCAGUCUGUUGGUGAAUUGUAAUGCUGCAUUGAUUCUGUAUGCAGUUUAUCACAUGAAGUCGAAAUAUCAUGUAAAACUCGAUAAAUGACUGACUCAAGUACAAAUGCAAAUGGCUCCUUUAUUUUCUAGAUUGUUUUUAGAAUAUGAUCCUCAUCCUUAGCAGGAUAAGACGUGAUCGAAAACCGAUGAAAGAACAACACUAGUCUUAAUCUCCGAUUUACUGUUGAACGGGAUUCUCACUCCCUGAGUCCGUGUCUAUCUGAAUACAAAGCUCCCUGAACACCAAGAGUAAAAUGAUAUGAUUUAGCCCCUGAAGGCAGAAGCUCCCGUCUAACAUGCAUCAAAGUGCAGGCAAAAUCAGCUACUUGCUAGUUGCUAUUACUUUCCCAACCUAGGGAUGGAUGAACAUAUGUCGAAUUUGUGUCGAGUAUACCCUAUUUUUAUUGGACCUAAAUUCGACCCAGAUCUAUAGAACAGAAAAUUUGGAUCUAGACGACUAUACCCAACCCUUAGGAUUUGGGGAGUCUAGGGUCUGAAUCUGAAUUUAAAACUAUUUUUAUGUUUCUUUUUAAAAUAAUAUAAAAAGCCAUGUAAUCUUUUCCAUUUGUAUUAAAUUGUUUAAAUAUGUUUAAUUAACAAGGACUUUUCUCAAAUACUAGACUAAUUUGAGAGAUUAAAUAUACGAAUUUCCACUAUUUAAGUUCUAAAACGAAAUAUUUAUCAAGUCUUUUAGUUUUUAAAGUACAAAUAUAGUAACUAUAUUUUAAAUUACAUAAACUAAUAACGUUUCUAAUCAAAUAAACAAAUACACAUAAUAGUUUUAAUUUUUAAAAAAUAAAUGUAAAAGGGACUUUAAAGUGGAUUUGAAUCGGAUUUGGGUCUUAAAAGUGUGAAACGUACUCAGACCCGAACCUUAAGCUCAUGAGCUAGAUCCAAUCCAAACACUUGUAAACAAUCACUCUUUCUAAAGUUCAGGGGUACAAAUCUUAAGUUUGUGUUGUUAACAAUCAUACAAAUUAGGUCGUUCUACUAAAAAUAUCGCAUCAAACGGUCAUUGAAUAAUGCCCUAGCACAUCAAAUUUGAAGAAAAUAAGAUCAUUUGACAACUUAAUUCCAAAAAUAAGUUUCGUGAAAACUUAAUUCCCAAAAUAAGCGUUCGUACAUCCAAACUUAGGCUCGGGUUAAAUCGCUGUUACUAAUAGCGAAAGAACAAAAAAAUAAAUAAAUAAAACGCAUAAGUCGCUGUUACUAACAGCGACUGAUGCCUUUUAUAAUUUUCCAGUUUCCUUCUCCCUCAUUUCAUUUGACGCGAUUUUUUUUCCUUAAUCAACCUAAAAAAUCUCCCUCUUUUUUCCACCAUUAAAAUCAACUUCUAUCCUUCAACUAAACUCAUCAAAUUUCAAGUUUGUACCACUAAUUAGUUCUAUCAUCUUCCUACAUCGACCGUAGGUACUAUUUUUUGUGUUUUUUUUCCAUUUUCGAAAAAUUAGGGUUUACAGAAUUUUAAUCAACUUUCACGUUA